AUGGGGAAUCUUUCAAAGAAAUCAGAGUUCGAAUAAGUUAUUCUGUAUGAAUAAUGCCUGUUUUUUGACAUUUAAUUAAAUAGAUGGUUGGAUAAGAUAUAUCAACCAUAAUUAUAUUAAGAGAAGGAAAUCGAAUAUAUUUAUGAUAGAAAUAUUAUUAGAUAGUAAAUUAUUAAUAAACUAUGAUAGAUUGCAAAAUUAUUCCACUUCGGAACAUGAAAUUUUUAAUAAUAAAGAAUAAGUAAAAUAACUUAAGUGGGAUGGAAAAUAUCGAAAUAAUUUUUAGAAGGUUGCUAAAUGGAGCAUUUAUUGGAAUGAAUAAAUUUUAUAAAAAGCUGGUGGAUAUUACUCAGAAGAUGGCUAAAAGAUUGGUUUAUGGAAGGAAUUAGUUAAGAAUUAUUGUAGGUAAAUGUUCAUAUUUAAAUAUCACUAGUUGGAUUCCUGUAUUUGAAGAAGGUGAAUACUUUGAAGGUAAAAAAAUAGGUUCUUGGAAAUAUAACUAUGAACAAAAAAAGUUAGAUAAUUUUGGUGGAUAAUAUAAUGAGCAAGGAUAAAAAAUUGGAAAAUGGGCAGAGUUGGAUGAAAGCUUUUGGUUGGGUAAUCAAGUCAUUCAUAUUGGUGAAUAUAAGUCUAAAGGUAUUAAAAUAGGUAGAUGGGAUAUUAGUUAUUGUCAUGGACAAAAAGAUGUUUUUAUAUAGAUGUAAAUAAUAUAUAAAUGAUAAAAAUAUUCUAGUGGUGGUGGAUCAUAUAAAGACGGAGAAGAUUUCAUCAAAAUUGGGAGAUGGGUAGAGUUAGAUGAAAGGUUUUGGUACCAGAAAUAAGUUAUCUAUAAUGGUGAAUAUAAUAUAAAAGGAAAGAAAGUUGGGAGAUGGGAUAGCAUGUAUUAAAGCUUUAAUUAAAAUGAAUACAAAUAAAUGUAAAUAUUAUAUAAUUUAAGGUGAAAAUAAUUAAUUAGUGGUGGUGGAUCAUAUGGCGACGGAGAAGGUUUAAUNAUAUUUUACGUUCCAACUAUUACCAAUUAAAACUUACCACUUAAAUUUAAAUUCAAAAACUAGCAUUCAUUUUCUUGA